AUGACAGUAGGACUACGGCCGGAGACCUUUGUAACAUCUGGUGGUGCUACGGAACGGCCUUUGAAGGGUUUCUUACCGACUGGGAUGGAGAUUGACUAUGAUCGUGGGGAGAAAUCGACUGGAAGUUCUGCAAAACCCACCGCCCAGUUGACCGAAGUCGAUAAAAAUGCCACGGAUCACUCUGGAAAACGCCGAAAACGCAUAUUACUCUCGAUAGAAAGUGCUUUUGCCGACAAUGUGUUACCCUCGCUCGUUCAGAACCCCGAGAUUGAGUUGAGGCUGAUCACUGAUGAGCCACCGGCGCUGCUGGCAGGCGCGAAUAAAGUCCCUCAUUAUAUGGACACGGUGGAUAGUCAGACGUUCGAGAAAAAGACUGGUGCGCGGAGAUGGCUCAAGGCCAAGGCAGCUGAGCUCAGUGAAUGGGCGGAUCUGCUUCUGGUUGCCCCUAUUGAUGCCGGGUCGUUGGGAUCGAUGCUGUCGGGUCUCACCAACACGCUAACCCUAGCACUUCUCCGUGGCUGGAUGUCGGCGAAACCUGUCAUUCUCAUACCAGGCAUGACUGUUUCGGAAUGGGAGCAUCCUCUCAGCAGCAGACAACUCACGGAGGUCGAUCGAUGCUGGCCAUGGAUCAAUAUCGUGAAGCCGGUUCUGUGGCGGUCUAACGGCCCCGAGGAACUUAUUCAACUGCCUUGGGAUGGACUGAGAGAGUUGCAUGAUGCAAUUGAAAGGAUAUUGGGACUCUCAUUUUCAGACAAUCCCACUGGUUUUGGACAAGUGCUCGAAAGCGCACAUCAAGUUGCAACAACGGCGAAGCCCUCUGGUAGUGGCAUUUCGGCAGCAUCGCAUCAUCAAGAGGGUGUACGAUCGUUGCCAUUAGAACUCUGGUUGAACAUAUUCGAGGCACAAUUACAGGAUUGGGAAAUUGCCAAAGCAGUCGGCAUACCCACAAAUCUCCUUGUUCCUAAGGAAUGGCAAUCCCACUUGCUCAAAAUGUCUACGCCAGCGUCUUUGGAAUAUACGAUUCUCCGAGGAUCAUUUGCUGCCAUCAAGAAGCGCAUAGAUAGUCUACCACGAUGGAAGCCUCUAUCUGAUCUUGCCUGCCACCUCAUCUUCAAAUUCUCACGGACCGAUAUCCUCUCGUAUCUCACAGAGAACCAUCUCGAUUUGCUUUGGACUACUUCCCGUCUUACAAAGGUGCCAUACCGUGCCUCGGCCAUCUAUGGAAACCCUAAGAUCUUGACCUGGUGGCGAGAUGCCCCUGCGUUGCCGAACAAGGAUUACAUCGCCGACGCGAUGGAUGGAGCCUCUCGUGCAGGGUUUGUGGAUGUCCUCGAAUGGUGGCGGACCUCGGGACUUGAAUUGCGGUACACAGAGCGGGCAUUGGAGUCUGCCAGUGCAGAGGGUCGGGUAGCUGUGCUUGCCUGGUGGAAGAAUGCCUCCGCAAAUGCUCCCCCGACUCACCCUAUCCCACUCAAGGUUGGAAAAUCCGUUCUCCUUGCCGCACAAUCCGGACGGGUGGAGUCUCUUGCCUGGUGGGAUGCAUCCGGCAUUCCCUAUAGUCACGCGGAGUCUGUUGCCCGUAUUGCUAGUACUCACGGCCAUGUGCACGUGCUUGACUUCUGGUACAAGCUGAAGGGUCCCAAGAUCAUCUUUGACAGUCAGCUACUGGUCGGUCCCACCAAGAACGGACACGAUAACGUCCUUGAGUGGUGGCGCCGCAGCGGUUUGCGAGUUGAGUUCAAGACGUGCGAUAUUGAAGAAGCUCUCGAAGACGCAGAUCCGGUUUCGGGGGCAGAAGGACGCGUCCGACGAUGGUGGGCUCGCAACGGCCUGAAUCUAGGGGUUGGGACAAGCGAAUGGAUGAAGACAAAAGUGUUAUGA